AUGGUGCAAGCAAGUGAACCCCUCAACGAAAUCAAAAUAUUCGGCGGGGCCAUCUCCGUGCCUCUGCCGUCUCGGCUCCAGGAUGUCUCGGACUUCAGGCCAGUCCCCGACCACCAGGAGAUAUUCACCGAUGCGGCGCGGGACCAGAGCCUGAUCGUGGAGGUCGUGGAGUUCCAAGACCAACCAGACGAGGACGCCGCUGGCUUUUUUUUCAAGGACCUGGCAGAUGUGGGGCAGGCGGUCUCCUCCCGGCUGGACAGCGUCCAGGGUCUGGGCAGCAGGGAUGUGCCGCACCUUCCCCCCAGCCUCUACGUGUCCUUGGCUGCAGGCCAGCACACCGUGGCAAAGUCAGGCGCGGCAUCCGAAGCGCUUGCGAUACAGGUGCUCCUGGCCGACAUCAGGAUCCCGGCGCAUGGGAGCGACUUGCUCAUCUCCCUGCACACACGCAGCAGCAGCCUCGGUGCCCAGGAGUCUGAGACAGAGGCUCCGCUGCAGGGUCCUGAACUCUUCAAAAGCAUCCUGAAAGGACUGAAGAUCCUGGACUGGGGUCUGUUUGGACAGUGA